AUGCCAUGGCGCAGAAACACCACAAAUCCAAACGCGGGAGUAUCCACUGCACAGGUUUACCGACCCAGAGCCGAACAACCCAGCAUUUUUUGCCUGGUUACGAAAAUUAGCCGAUUCCCACCCUUCGACGACUCUUUUCGAGGCGAUGAACCUCGCGCAAAUGAGCCCAUGCAUUUGGCUGAGGUCAAAAGAGGUUGUGUCCCUCUGCCCUCACUCCCCUCUCGAUGUCGGUCUCGCGCCACGGAACGACUUGCCGUGAAAUCGAGCUGA